AUGGAUGAAGAGAGCGAGCCGGCCCAGUGCCGCGAGCAGAGCUGCUGGGCCAGCCUGCCCGACGUGUGCUUGCGCCGGGUGUUCUGGUGGCUAGGAGACAGGGACAGGUCUCGGGCCGCGCUCGUCUGCAGAAAGUGGAACCAAACGAUGUACUCGGCCGACCUGUGGCGGUGCCGAAGCAUCACUUUCAGCGGGAGACCUUCCCGGUCCCACGCGUCGGAGUUUGAGUCGGCGCUUUGGUACGUGAAGAAGUUCGGCCGCUACUUGGAACACCUGGAGAUCAAGUUCCUGAACCCGUACAACGCCGUCCUGACCAAGAAGUUCCAGGUGACCAUGCGGGGCCUGCUGUCGUGUCUGGGCAAGAGUAACAACCGCCUCAAGUCCCUCUCCAUCCAGCACCUUGAACUCGACCGGCUGGUGUGGAGAAGCAGCAUCCGCACGUCCUUCCUCAAAAGCUUGAGCUUCUUUCUAAAGAAGGUGAGCAAGCACCUGGACUACCUGAACCUGAAGGGGGCGCGGCUGGCCGUGGAGCAGGGCUGCCACGUGCUCAGCUCCCUGAGCCACCUGCGCAGCGAGAGCUUCGCCUCGGAGCUCAACCUGGAGGACUAUUUCAGCCACCACCUGGCUGUCUACAGCAGCCCCCAGUUCAACCAGACCAUGUCGAUGUUCCGUAGCCUGGUGGUCCUGACUCUCAACUACAACUGCAUCUCCGACGAGCUGCUGGAGACCCUGGGCGAGAACAACGCCAGCUCCCUCUGGACCAUCAACAUCAAAUGCCACAUUCACGACCCUCACGGCCAGGUUAUCUGGGGCAUGUCGUGGGCCAAGCUGGCCAAACACGCUGCAAAUCUCAAGGUCAACUUCUUCUUUGAACGAGUCAUGAAGCACGAGCGUCUGACCCGCAUCCUCUUGCAGGAGAUUCCUGUCCGAAGCGUCAGCCUGAGAAGCUGCUACUUCAGCGAUCCCGAUUGGUCUAUGCGGCCGACCCUCACUGACCUGCUGCCCACUUACCGACACACGCUGCAGAAAUUAACUUUUGAAUUCAACAACAACCAUGAAUCCUUGGAUGAGAGCUUCUACCUCAUCUUGUCCUGUGAGAAGUUGUUUUACUUCAAAAUUUGGGCCUUCCUGGACGUCAAAUUUGUAGAGCGUAUCCUGCAGAGUCAGGAAGAGGGCAAGUGCAUGCUUCGCACACUCAAGGUGAGAAUUUAUACAAACAGGUAUGAGACAAAUGAAGAGGACCGAAUGUUGCGGGACAUUUACCGAAAGUACAGAGACCUGAUCGAUACAGAGUUUAACUAUUUUGUCAUCGCCUACCCCAUGAUGUGAGGCGCACACCCAGGAGGAGAGCAGCCUCACUGCCCUUGGGACUCCUGAGCCUCAUCCUCCACAGAGCUGCCCCUGGAGCCUUCCUCAGGGCCCUGGAUCUCCCUGCAGCCAGAGCAGAAUCCUGAGUGUGUGGGGCCUGGUGCUCUCCCAGCCUCCCAAGUCCUUUUAAAUGCUGUCUUUACAACUGCCCUGGGCUGCUGAUUACUCUGCUUACCAUGUUGUCUGGGUUUUCCCCCUAACCCCUUAACCCAGGCUCACUCAGGUGAUCCUGGACCUGAUUGUUCUUG